CCUCUGACUUGUGACGAGGCACGCCCACAUCUCUAACUCCGGAGCCCCGGAUUAUUCGCGAGCUGGUCAGUGCGAUAGUUUAGUUAGUGCAACUGUGGCAGUGCAGCACGAAUGCUGGGUGAACGGAAUCAUGGUGCAUUAUGGUGCUGUUUUAAUGGUGAUACUUGCCGUUGCUCCGAUCGAAUCGAGCAGUGACUGGAACAACCCAGCAAGUGCCCAGUACCAUAUCCAAACCGACGAGGGCCCCGAACGAUACUUCCGCUACCAGACGACCAGCGGCCAAUACCGCAAGGAAAAACGACUCGACGAUGGUACCGUCGUUGGUACCUACGCCUGGAUCGACGCCGAUGGGUUCCUCCGCCAGCGCGAUUACAUCGCCGACAACGCCGGCUACAGAAUCCUCAAAACGAAAAACCUCUACGUUGGGCGAGACACUCCCAUUGCCCAAGCCAUCAAGUCGGCGAAAAAAGUACCACCAUCCGCUGGUACUUUAGUCAAGGGCACCACCGUGGCCCCACUUAACGUGGAAAUCAACCAAAACUCCAUUUCCUCAACCCCCAGACCAACGUAUCUACCGUCCAGCACCCCAGCGCCCUUUACCAUCAACCCAUGGUACUACACCAGCGCGCCCAAGAGCUUCGAAAACGGGCCCACGUACCCCAUCGACAGCCGGGGGCAGACCUACACGGGGAAUAAUCUGGGCAAUGGGUACGACCCCCAGUACGACUACUACGAUGGGGUGUCGGUGACCAACGAUGGGUUCCGGUACUACAUACCCAGGGCGUACCACGAGGAGCAAAAUCAGGGGGAGAAGAAGGCGGGGAGUUUUGGGUAUAUCGACCCAUUUGGGAUCCGCAGGGUCAUUUAUUAUAAUGCCGGGCCUGGGACGGGCUUCCAGCACCGGAAAAAUAACAGAUAUGUGGGCUUCGAUGCGACGCCUUACGAUCCAAGGCCUUAUUAAAUCAUUACAAACGCCAACAUGAACGAUUUAACAUACUAAACACGUGCUUGUGACAAAUUUUUGCGAGGUGAUGAUGGAUUUCUCCAAUCACUGAUUCAUAGUUAGGGUUAUUUAUUGAACUAAAAUUGAUUGUGAGUGAGGGGGUCCCGGGAAUCACAGUUUAUAAUCAAAAUAAUGUAAAUAACGACAAUAAUCGAUUAUGGACUCUAGUUCGGGGACCUGAUUUUUUCAAUACUCUCUCUUGUUAUGUUAGGUAAUUUAUGAUAAUGUUUUGUAAAUAAAUGGAUAAAAAUUA